GUUCCUUUUCUCACACAAGCAUCAUUUUGAAGAUGGCCGCUGGUAAGAGGGUGUCUGCUUUGCAGAUGCUGGGCGACUUUGCGGACAAUACAUCAGCUCAUGGCGUCCGCAAACUACACGCAAAGAGUCACUGGCUUUUCAAAGUGAUUUGGCUUCUGCUUCUCUUGUGUGCAACAGGAAACAUCCUUAUGCAGGUGUGGCAGCUGAUCAACCAGUAUCAGAGACGUCCUGUUACGACCAAGACUACGAUACACUCCCGCAGUCUCGAGUUCCCGACCGUCACUCUAUGCAACCUGAAUCCAUUCAAGUACUCCAAAAUACAAAAUCAGCAGUUCCCCAUGGAAACUCUCAGACGGUUUUCCAAGAGUCUCAACAUCUCACUGGAACAAUUUGGUGGCACACCGCAAACAGGACUGGCACGUGUCGACCCUGACGCUGCAAAUGACACUCAAGACGAUUAUUACACUGAUGAACCUAGUGAAUUCUCAGUGAGUCAGUUCCUGACGGAAGCACCGGAAGAGUUUCGGAUGGAGACCCUUCUGGGUCUGGCAGAAACGUCGGACAUCCAACUGUUGGCACAGCCCAUCUCUGAGCUCCUCGUCAGCUGCACCUUUGCCGGCAGCCCCUGUAGCCACAGCGAAUUCUCUUGGACCUACGACCUCGACUACAUGAACUGCUUCCAGUUUCCACGAGACAACAGGACACGCUCGCUCGACGUCUACAGCGCUGGCCAACUCUUUGGUCUGAGUUUGAUUCUGAACGUGGACCAGAAAGAGUACGUGCCAUUCGUGACGCCCAGCGCCGGUAUCCGUGUGGCCGUUCAUGAGUACGACUCGCCGCCCAACCUGAUGCAGAAAGGACUGACUGCACCACCGGGCUUCGAAACCUCCAUUGGAAUCAGGCCAACAGUUCGAAUCCAUCAGCCCGACCCGUACGGCAACUGUGAGAUCGACAACCCCUACGGCGACAUUCAAACUUGUGAGAGAAGCUGCCUGGAGGAUCUGAUUGAGAUUGAGUGUGAAUGUUCCAGGAGGAUCGACAACCCUGAGUUCGGAAUCUGUCUCUGGAGGUUCGAGGGAAGACACUGUUAUUGCAUGUUCCAGUAA